AUGAGUUAUCUUAAAAAACUAAAGUAUUAUUGUAGUUCCGUAAUUAGAUACCAAAGUGCCUCUACAAAGAUGAAGAUUGAAAAAAUGGCUCCUCUCGUGCCCUGCUCAGAUUCAUCUGCAGUCUCUAAGGCUGCAGAGAUGUUGGCCAAUGGACAUGUGAUAGCAGUCCCCACAGACACCAUUUAUGGCUUAGCGUGUAGUGCCAACUGCCCUGAAGCCAUUAAGAAAUUGUAUAACAUUAAAGGCAGAGAUUCAGCGAAACCUGUUGCUAUAUGUGUGACGUAUGUGACAGACGUACGUAAGUGGGGGGAAGCUGAACACCUGAGUGAUGAUUUACUCAACAGUCUUCUGCCAGGUCCGGUCACAGUUGUUUUACAGAAAACAAAGUAUUUAAACAAUCCAUUCCUUAACCCUGCUACAGCCAAAAUUGGUAUCAGGAUACCAGAUCAUAACUUCAUAAAUAAAGUGACAAAAUUAUUUGAUUUGCCAGUUGCUCUUACUAGUGCUAACUUCAGCAAUGAACCUUCAACAUUGUCCGUGAAAGAAUUCGAACACUUGUACGGUCACCUCGGGGCUGUAUUUGACGGAGGACUACUUAGCCAGGGCUUGGAUCAAAAUAGGACUGGCUCGACAGUUGUUGAUUUGUCCAAAAUUGGUUUAUAUAAGAUAAUAAGAAAAGGAAUUUCUUAUGAAAAAAUUGUCACCAUUUUAGAAGAUAAUGGAUUGAAAAAUGUUGAACAUUAAUUUAUUUUAUUGACUCCUGUGAUAGCUUGUUAAGUUAGAAAAUAAAUAACUAAAGUUA